CAGGGGAGAGAGGAUGGACAGAGCCUGUGGUCCAGAGUUGGGCUGUUUCACUUGAAGAUAUCAGAGGGCUCAGUCCCAGGUGGGGACAGGUAUAAGGCUGAAAUGAAGCAGACACGAAGGUCAUGUGUCUCAGGUCAAGAAGUUUUUAUUCAUUUAUUCAUUCGACAAAUAUUUAUUGAGCACUUACUACAGAAAUCUCUGUGCAAGACACUACAUAGGGAUGAGCAAAACUUGGUUCCCAUCCCCUAGGGUUCACCGCCUUGCCUCAUUGGGGAAACACAUUAACACCAUGACAACAUUCGGUGGUGACUGUAGUAUACAAAAAUGCCUAGGUGUUGUGGGAGGGGCCCUCACCCAGGAAUGACCCAGCAAAGGGAGUGGCAAGGGCUCUCAGAAGAGACAGCAUCCUCCAGAGGGACCAGCAGGGGUGUUCAUCUGGUGGGGCCAGAGGGUAAAUGACGAGGUAAGCAGUGGAAAGAGAGAGAGGUAGGAGGAGCAGUCCCUGAAGGCAGGCACAGAGCUUCCAGAGGAGGGGAGGCUUUGAAGGGAUUUUGGCAGGGGAGCAGCAUGAUCAGAUUUGCAUUUUAGCACUCUUGGGCUGCAGUGUGGAGAAUUGAUUGGAGCAGAGCAAGGGCGCAGACAGAGAGACUGGUUAAAGGCUGCAGGCAGUUGGCAAAAGAGGGCACAGUCAGGAGAUAUUUAGGAUUCAAAAUCAGCAGGACUUAAUGGUUUUAUUUUUAUUUUAUUAUGGGGGAAGGAGGGAGAGAAGGGUCAAGGAUGCUUCCCAGGUGCCACCACCUGAGCUGGAAGAAACAAGAGGAGUGCAUUGUGGGUAGAGAUGAGGAUCUCGUUUUGAGAAAGACUGCAUUGGAGGAACCUGAGAACAACCAGGGGACAACUAUGGGCUGGUAGCUUGGCCAGGGGUGAGGUCAGGACACCCGGAUGUGGUUAAGAGGUGAAGAUUAUUAUUUCAACAGCUUGGCAAAUUCUUCUUAGAGAGGGAACACUUUUGAGAAAAUACCUUGAUAUGCUGCUGGGGAACCAGGGGAGAGCCUAGGGCAUGGGUGACUUUAGGGCCAACAUAGUCACAAAAAUGGUUAAGCUGCCCUGGAUGAGAAAGAGAGGAAUCUGCUUGGUCCCCAAGAGGGAUGGGCUGAGAAGGGAGGGCAGAGAUGCAGGAAGGAAUGAGUGAAGGGCCAGUGGAAAUUCCCACUGGUGGACAGCAUGUGUGACCUGAUACUGUUUGAUUAUUUGUGGAAUAAACCCCUUCUCCAUCUGCCCCUCCCUACCCCACAGGCCCAAGUCCUUAGCAAAAUCAACUCUAUUCACAUCUGCAUUCUGUGAGAGGGGUUUUAAGUGGAACUAGAGGAGAGCACUUGAUAUCAUAUCUGGGUUUAAAGGGCACAGCAUAGUUUUAGCCCAUCUGGAAGCAAAGCUUAGAAACAGAGGGGACAGAAUAGGACCCUCUGAAACUGGCCUUGGACUUGGGGAUCUGAGUUAUCUUGCUCUGUUGAAGCUGACAUCAGGACAUGUAUCCCAUGACCACUCUGCCCUGCACCUGCGACCCUCAGCCUAGACCUCUGCCUGCAGCACAAGUUAGACCUUUCCAGCCCUGGAAACCUCCUGGGAGGUUCCAGCUCAGCGCCCCAGAGACAGCCCUCCCCACCGCCUCCCCUGCCCCCGUCAGGUGAGCUCAGGUAUGUGCAUAACCCCCAUCUGCCUGCCCCCUGCCAGUCUGACCAGUACAUUCCUUGGGACACUGCAGGUGGGGGCCAGAGAGGCUCCACGGAGAGUGAAGCCAGAGUCAGCCAGAGACAAGGGACAAGAGGACAGAGGAGAGGCCCUUGGAGCAAAGGAGGUUACAGCCAAGGCACCAGGACAUGGAUGCUGUGGAGCCAGGGGGGCACAGCUGGGCUAGGAUAUUGUCAUGUGAGCUUUGGACAGCCAUCAUCAGGGCGCUAUUUGCAGAGUUCCUGGCCACGGGGCUGUACGUGUUCUUUGGCGUGGGCUCGGCUCUGCACUGGCCCUCGGCACUUCCCUCUGUGCUGCAGAUUGCCAUCACCUUCAACCUGGUCACGGCUAUGGUUGUGCAGGUUACCUGGAAGGCCAGUGGGGCCCACGUCAACCCUGCUGUCACACUGGCUUUCCUUGUGGGCUCUCACAUCUCUCUGCCCCGAGCUGUGGCCUAUGUGGUUGCCCAGCUGGCUGGGGCCACCGUAGGGGCUGCUCUGCUUUACGGGGUCACACCAGGAGACAUCCGAGAGACCAUUGGGAUUAAUGUGGUUCAGAACAGCGUCUCGAUUGGCCAGGCAGUGGCAGUGGAGCUGGUUUUGACCCUGCAGCUGGUACUCUGUGUCUUUGCUUCCACUGACAGCCGUCAGACAUCGGGCUCCCCAGCCACCAUGAUUGGGAUUUCUGUGGCAUUGGGCCACCUCAUUGGGAUCUACUUCACCGGCUGCUCCAUGAACCCAGCCCGCUCCUUCGGUCCUGCUGUCAUCAUUGGGAAGUUCUCAGUCCACUGGGUCUUCUGGGUGGGACCCCUGACAGGAGCUGUCCUGGCUUCACUGAUCUACAACUUUAUCCUGUUCCCUGACACCAAGACCCUGGCCCAGCGACUGGCCAUCCUCACAGGCACUGCAGAGGGGGAGAGAGUGGUAGGGGUGGAGCCCCAGAAGAAAGAACCCCAAUCCAGUUCAGGGGACACAGAAAUGGAGAGUGUGUGAGACGGCAUAGACUUUGCCCUGGCCUCAGGCUUCAGAGAGGAGCCCUGUAGGUGGGCAACGUGCCUUGUAUCACCUAACUGGAGGUUUUCCUGGGAGGGAAAUGGGGAGGCUUGACACCUUGUCCUAACAGGGUGGGCCAGGGGGUGCCAGCCCUUCUCCCUGGCAUUAUAUUUCUAGAUAAAAAGAAUCUGGAAGUAAAUCUGUCUAGUCCCCUUCCCCUAAGCCUUCCCCAUCUCUUAAUGAGACAGAGCAGAGGGGGCCAGGGGACUUCAUGAUCACUCUUCUCUCCCUUCCCUCACCCAACUAGACCCCAGUGGGAAUCCUGAGCCUCCAUAUCCUUGUGUCUUUGGGAAAAAGGAAACUGGAGACCAGACAUCCACUCUGCUUAGACACUGAGGGCUACAGGGACCUUGGGAAACCCUUGGGGAGGAGAGGACAGGCUUCAUUGAAGACUCAUGUCCUAGAACAGCCUCUGAGCUCCUGAGCAGGAUUUCCCCACCCUUGGGUAUAGUUGGGGAGCUAUGGCUCCCCUCUCAGGACAGAGGACAGAGACCGACCUCCCAAAAGAUCUUUAUUUCUCACUUCUCCAAAUGCUCAGGAGAAGACCCCACCCUUAGGAAGAGCUGACACAGAGAGGACCCUUUCUUCAGGCUGGCAGAGGGGCAGAAUAUAGGAAGGGAGCUUUGAGCCAGAAAGGCUUUUCCCAGGGUAAGCUCUCCCCAGUUGCCUGCCCUGACUUCCACCCCACAGCCAUUCACAAGAACAACACUGAGAGGGGAAACCCCUACCCCAGCCCUCAGUUCUUAACCUGGGCCAAAGAAUCCAUCUCCUGCUUCCUUUUCAGCAUUACCAGGAUCCCCAAAAAUGUAGUCAAAUAAGCCCCAAGGAUGGUGGGAACCCAAGAAUGACCCAGAAAACCAAGAUUUGUGGUUCAGUGCCUCUGAAGGUCUUCUUUAGUACAAAUUGGUUUGUUAAGAUUUAAAGGCUGUUCUAUAUCUACUCUGCCCAUGACUUGGGGUCCUGUCUGGAUCUCAGCUUCCCCAGCUACAAAAUGGACACAAUCCUCCCCCAGCGACUGCUGUGAAAACAAGAAAUUGCAAACCGCUUUUGGAAGUGAAAAUGCUGGAAAAACAACCCCAAUAAAGGAUGAUUAUUGUUGCUGUUACUGUAAUUAUUGGGUUUGAAUACAAUUGCUGUUGGUAAUGGGAGGGAAGAAGGCAGAGAGUAAGACGAUUGAAGGAGGGAAGAGAGAGUAGGCUUUUCUUUCAUUUAAU